AUGUCAACAAAAUCGCGAAAUUAUCUGGAAUCAAUUAGUAAUCACGACGAAGACGGCGAUGUAAGCAACGGUGAAGACGAAUAUGAAGAAGAUCUGAAAUUAGAGAACAACGAAGAUGACAACGAUAAUGGCGACGAAGAAGGACUCAAAGACAAUGACAAAGCCGGAGGCGAAGGAAACGACAAACACGGAGGUGAAACUAAAGGAAAAGAUGGCGAAAAAAAUAACAGCAAAGUUGGCGGCGAUCGAAGCAGAAAAGACGGAGGCAAAAGGAACAGCAAAGAUGGAGACGAGAGCAACAGCAAAGACGGCGGCGUAAACAACAACGACGACGGCGGCGAUUGA